AUGCCUGCGCUCGUGUCCCUCUCGGCUGUGCCUGCGGAUCAGACCAUCCGCACCGAGACUAUUCUUACCGAGGGUGUUGACAUUCAAUCGUUCAAGGUGUCCAAAGGCCUCAGUCCCAACAGCAGUAAGAGUAGCAAUGUCCGUGCGCAGACCAGCAGCCUUCCGCGGUUAGACAGUGGCGCCUCCUUCAUGACCCAUGCCACCAACACCGGCCUCGUCCUCGAGCUGGUCCCAGAAUACAUAUCUUUCCGACUCCGAAGUGUCUCGUGCCGGGGCUUCCACGACAAAACCCAAGUCACCAUGAAGCUCCAAAACAUCUCCCAGUCCACAAAGGCCGCAAAGAACCUCGGCGACCAUACCCACCAAUCCUUCGACUUUGUCGCCACCGUCCAUAACAUGACAUUUGACAUCCUCAAGAUCGAUGUCUACGACUACAAAAAGGCCGCCUUUGGUCAGAACGCCAAAAUCGGUCGCGCCUACUUGCCUCUUCGCGACCUCCAAAAGAAGGUCGGAAACGCCUAUGACAACGAUGGCGAUGAUAACACAGAACCAGAACAGUCUGUCCUCUCGACUCGGUUUGAUGCUGCUGCUUUCUGUCAGAAGCAUGAUGAUAUCUUUGAGAUGGACUUGCCGCUCUACAAGCAUGGUUCUUAUUCCAUGUUCGGAUCCAGUCGCCACCAACAUCACCAUUCAGACGACGAGAAUGUUUUUACCAAGGGAUCAGAGACUGGACAGGAUAUCGCGGUGCCUACACCUCCUGUUCGUCAACGACCAGCUCGCGCAAAUUCGUUUGCUCAGAACGCCAUGAACGGAGUCGAGGUCGGUAUGGUCACCGUCCAAGCAACUCUGCAUUUCCAGGAUCAGACUAAGAACCCUGCCUUUGCCCAUCUCGGAAAGGGACCUACUCAGCAGCAGCAACAGGCGGCGUCCAGCAUAAGCAAUGCAUCCAUUUCCGAAUCAAGCGACCAAGGCGGACUUCACAGGACUCUCUCGCAAAAGUCCAGGACAAAGUCGAAUCAGUCCCUGGACUCAAUCCAUUCGGACGAGUCUUCAACCUUGGGCGUCAACCAUGUCUCAUGUAGCAGCACUACUUCGGACACAUUCCCGCCCGAGGGUGUCAGGAACUCUACCAACAGCAGUAUCGACUCCCCAGCCAUCUCGUCUCUUCCAAGACCCAUCCCAAUCGACGGCCCCACAAGGGUCUUGAGGACCCCUUCGUCGCCACCCAACUUGUCUCUGCACAGGAAUGGCGGAGACCCAACGGUUGGAUCCCCGAUUUCGCCGCCCUUGUCGCCCACAUUCACUCAGACGCCUGGAUCGCCCGGAUCUCCCGAGACGUCAUUCCAGUGGCUCACCGACAACAGCUUUCCUCAGGCGACGACUAUCUCCAACUGGGACGCGCUUCAGUAUAGCGACGGCUUUGUCGAUGACGCAGACGAUGACGAGCGCAAUCAACAACAGGAACAACGCCAACAGAGCAUCGGUCAAGGAGUCAAGGGCGAGCAUCUGACACAGUCAGAUCGGGAUAAGGAGGAGGACAUGAUGGCCAACAUCAUGGCGAACGGAGACCAAGCCAAGAAGGACAUGUACCUCCGCAACUCCCAGGCAACCCAUGCCAAGAGCAAGAAGGCAAAGAUCAACUUCUUUUCAGAACAGACUCGUUCGGCGUUCAAGGAUAUCCAGUUGAUGUACUCGUCGUUCUUUGGCCAUGGUUGGAACCUUUCUCGAUCCGAGUUCUGGAGGGGCUUUCAUGUCGUCCAGCAGUUCUAUGCCCGUCACCCCACACCAACGACGAACAAGGCAUUUGACGACAUCGAGAUCCUCGAGCAUGCCAGACAUUUUGUCCGCCUAGCUAUCGCCUCGUACGGAUCCCUCCCCUGGGUUUACUUUGGCUAUAGCUUCAAAGUCGCUCCCCUCAACUUUGUGCGCAUCAACUCGGACCGUAAGAACGUGCAGGACUACUUCAAGUUGAACAAGGAUGACAUGAUCGUUUGGCAUUUCGACAAGCGCACGGCCCUCGUCCCCAGUUACUACAUUGUCCGUGACCCCAAGUACAAUGCCCUCUGUAUUAUCAUCCGCGGCACUUUCAGCAUUACGGAUGCCAUGACGGAUUUGGUGUGCGAGUACUACCCUUACAAGGGCGGUCUGGUCCACAAGGGUAUCAUGGAUAAUGCGCGCUUUGUGCUUGAGCGCAGUGGCAAGGAUAUUGAGACAGCUUUGAGAAAGUUCAACCUCAAGACCAUCUACUGUAUUGGACACUCAUUGGGAGCAGGAUCGGCUUCCCUACUCUGCUCACUCCUCCAGGACCAUUUUGCCGACUACCUCACAACCCCCACCACAGAACUCCCAACCCCUCAAAACCUCGAAGUCAAAGCCUACCUCUUUGCACCUCCACCCAUCGCUACCCCCAACCUUGCCGCGCAAUGGGAACGGACCCAAAUCGCCUUUAUCAACGAAAACGAUAUCGUCGGUCGACUUUCUUAUGGAAACGCGCUCGAUCUCAAGGAACUCAUCAAGAUUGGAGCUAUUGAGUCUCUGAACCCCGCCUAUGAGGGUUUGUCGGCUAAGGAGAAGUUGGAUAGGAUCUUGAAGGUGCUGGAGGAGGCUCAGAAGCGAUUGCAGGCGGUCAAUGAUGUGCCGAGAUUGGUUACGGCAGGGACGGUGACAUACUUGCACAAGGUUUAUGAGGAUACGCCAGUGGUCAAGAAUAAGAAGGGAAAGGGGCGGAGGGAUAGUCAGUUUGGGCUUCCAGAGAACUGGGCCUAUGAAGAGUCGUCUAGCAACUCUGGGAGCCACCAGGCCAACGGUGGUGGACGUGCGCGUGGGAUGAGUGCCAGUUCUACGACCAGUAAUAACCCCUUGGUGCGCUCAAUUUCGGUGUUGUCGUCGGCUCUGAGUCUUAAGGGAAACAACCACGGACAUGGACAUGGACAGGCUCAGCACUCGAGACAGACAACGGUUUCAACUUUGGGAGGGUCGACAAGAGCCGCGCGGAUUGUGACCCCUUACCAGACCGGUCAACCUGCAGUCCGUCUCGAGAGCUCUGUCAGCUUGGCCCUUUCCGACUUGAAUGAGCGACACAAGGAAAUCUCCCAGCCCCAACCUCCGCAGGAGCUCCAGCAACAGGAAUCACUCGCGGUCGAGAGCGAGAGCCCCCCCUCCGAGUCGCGUAGGGUCUCAGCCACCUCGUUUGGCCCUCCUGUUCAAUAUGAGGGCUCCUCUGACGAACGUGCCCAAGCGACCGAAAGCAUCCUCCAACAAAGCCGUCAAGGCCAGCAACCUCCCCAACAACACCAAAAAUCCGACACCACAACAACCGUCACUCCCGCAUCGCCCUCCUCCACCAGCGAAUUCGACGACGACCUCUUGGACGGCAACGACUCAUCCGCCCCCUACGACUCUGACGACAACCGAACCUACACCACCACAAAGCCCAAAAAGAACGGGUCCAAGAAGAAAGAGAUCCGGAUUGAGUUCUCGGAUAAACGACAUUUCAUGGCGAUCCCCUUGAGGACUAAUUGGUUAUGGCAUCAUUUCCCGCAGCAGUAUGAUUCGAGGAUAGAGCGGGCGCUGGAGUGGGCGAAAGCGCUUAAGGAAAAGGAAGAGAAGAGACAGAGUCUUAGGGCGUCUCGGCAGCCGCAGCAGCCAAAGGUCUAA